AUGGGGCAUCCUCCUCUUGAGUUCAGCGACUGCUAUGAGGACAGUCCGGAUUUUAGAGAAAGACUAAAAUGCUAUGAAUUAGAAUUGGAAAGAACAAGCAAAUUUCUCAAAGAUGUAAUCAAAGAUGGCAACAGUGUAAUCAAUGCAAUCAAGGGUAAGGUGCUCUCUUUUUCUUCCCCCUUUGUAUUACUUUCUAGACUGUUUGUGGGCUUUAAAAAAUGUGUCUAUGUAGGAGAGGAAUCUGCAUUGUUUUGACACAGCCAACAUCAAAAUUCGUUUCCAAAAAAAACAAAGAAUGUUUGAUAUGAUAUAAUUAAGCAAUAAGCACGAGGGGUUGUGGUAUUGCCAAUAUGCCACAGCAAAGGGCUGUUCUUACACACGAUUCAACGCUGAGUGCCUGCAUGGAUACAGCCCUUAGCCAUGGUAUAUUGGCCAUAUACCACAAACCCCUGAGGUGUCUUAUUGCUAUUAUAAACAGUUUACCAACGUAAUUCGAGCAGUAAAAAUAAAUGUUUUGUCAUACCCAUGGUAUAUGGUCUGAUAUACCACGGCUGUCAGCCAAUCAGCAUUCAGGGCUCGAACCACCCAGUUUAUAAUCUCUUGGAGCUCCUGAUGGAUUCCUGUAAAAAUACAUGGGUGUGAAUGGAUCCAUAACAUCAUCAAUGGAAAAACAUUGCCAAUGCAUUGUGUGUGCCAAAUAGUGACCUUAUAUACAUACAUUAAAAUUUUCGUCAUUUAGCAGACACUCUUAUCCAGAGCGACUUACAAAUUGGUAUUGGUAUUGAUUACCGUCCAUUUUUUAUUUAAUAACAUUUUACAGUAACACAAGCAACACAAGCUCAGUAUUUGUCUAGCAGCAGAAUGACAAGCUAACAAUUUCAACCAGUUUAUCAGCCUAACUAACAUUGUACUUUUCUUGAUAAGAAAUGAGUGGAUGACAGUGGGCUGUGACAGCAGACUAUUAAUUAUGUAACCAACAUAACAUAACAUGUCAAAAACAUGACCUGAUAGACAGACAACCUACAGCUACAGUGUAAAUGAACUCUGGUAUGUAUGACUCAUCCCAUGCUGACUUGCGCAUGUGACACCUACACCUUUACUGUGCUUCAUAAAGUCAAUCCAAAUCCACAGAGCAUUUUAGGUAGGCCUAAACGUUUGUUCAGUCAUACAAAAAAUAUGACCUGAUGUUUGCACAGUCAAUAACCAAACCCAAACCACAUGCUAAGCAAGUGUAAGUAAACAUUGGAAGACCUCAGUGAUUCCUUGUUAGACACAACCACAUAAGCAACAUGAACCUGUAGCAUAUAAUAUCACCCAUGUUUUUUCAUUGUUGUCAUGCUGUGCCUUAUCCAUGCCAUGGUCCUGUCUCUUUUCCUUCCUGUUUUCUUCUCCACCAAAACCACUGCCAUGUGAUAUUUUACUCUACAUAUAAGGAGAAAAUGCUGCCUUUGCAGAUCAUAAGGAAGUGCGGCUUAAAGAUUCUUACCCCUCCCUUCCACAGUUUUCAGCAGACUUGUCACACUGGAUUUUGCCUGUACAAUGACACUGUUCUACCACGCAGUGAUGGGGGUGGGGGGGGGGGGGGUGGGGGGGGGGAGGAGGACAAACUCAAUAUACUUUAAAACCAAAUCGAAACUAUGUAGAAAUGAUAAUGGACCUACAUUUAUACAGUUUCUUGAUUGUCCAGUUUGCUAUUCACCGAAAUGAAAGGCCAAAUGAAAGGUCAGGGCCACUGGUUGGUAGUCAUUGUGUUCCUUGGAGCAUGGCUUUUUCGGGAUGUGAGAUGUUUUCCAGUCCCUUGGUAUUGUGUGUGUGAGUCGAGGGGUGACUGGAAGCUGGGUUGCCAGACUGGGCCAAUGGUAUACUGAAGGCUAGCCUCAGUGUUUCACCAAAGUACCACUGUGCAAAUCCCAAACGUCAGCUCUUGGAUGUUUUCCAUGAGUACCGCUGCCUUUGUUGGUAUAGGACCAAAUUACUGGAACAGUAUUUGCAUUGUUUGACCCACCGAGAUUCCAUUCUGUAGCCCAAUUCACAAAUGUCAAGCUUUUUAUCUCGAAAACAGAAACUAUCAUUGUAAGUAGAUAUGCAGUGCUGCUGAUUAUAGGAAAUAUCACUUAUUCUGUCUUGGUGAUAACUGGGAGUCACUUGAAGAGAGUGUUUGUUGUCGAGGUAUAAGGGGCUGAAAUAAGAGUUCCCCCCGAAUGAUAUAAAUCAUAGGCCUAACACCCAUCUGGGUGCAAACACAAGUCCUCUAGUAUAGUAUAAAACAAAACAAAAAUCACUGAAGUGAGGAGGUUAACUUUCAAUAAAAAAUUGAAAACUCAAAUUACAGAAUUGCUUUUGACUGAAAGGAUGGGUUAUUUUAUUGUUGGACUAGUCUGUCUGAUAUUUCCUGCCUCUUCAUUGGCACACCCCUGAGGUAAAAGGAAGUUGACACACCUCUGCUAAUGUAAUGACUGUCUUCACUCAUUAGAAUGUUGAAAAUAGAAGUGGAACAUACAACACAUGUUAUAAGAUUAUGUAUAUCAUUUGUAUUUCUGAUAGUGAAAUUCAGGAACCAGGAAUAAUCUGAUGCGUUCUCAUGCUGCCUGUCUGGGCUAAUCAUGGGAACCAACCAGUUCCUGUCUUUAACUUUGAAAAUAGUCCUGAGUUAGCCCAAACCAAGAAUUGACUAAGAGGAAGUUGGUGGGCCUCCUAAUUCUUAUUAUUCCAGGCAGCAUGACUUCCUCAAACAUACCAUUUCUGUUUAGUUGCUCUCCAAAUACUGUGCUUAUUUAUAUAUGGCUGAACUGUAAUAAUAACAGUUCAAUCACAUAUAAGCCCAAUAUUUGGCAAUCACCAAAAUAAAUAUCACAAUUUAAUUUAUAAAGUCCUAAUACACCCUUUAUCCUUGUAUACCUAAAUGUUACUGUUAUUAUGUUGAUUGUGUUGAUAAAGUGUAAUGUGUGUUUUAUGAAGGUUAUUCAGUGGCAGUGCAGAAGUUCUCCCAGACACUCAGUGUGUUCCAGUUCGACUUCAUUGGUGAUUCUCUGACAGAUGAUGAGAUAAACAUUGGUAAGUUCAUAUAGUGCUUUGUCACACAAACACUUACCGUAAUGGUCAGCCUGAAAGCCAUAUUCUGCAUAUCGCUAUAUGGCUCUAGUCUAGUCUAGGACUUUCCCCCCUAGCGUUGACAGGUUGGCAACAGAUUUAUUAAUGUUUCUCAAAGUUUCAGUGUAAUUGACUUCAUUGAAUUAGGAAGUUCUUUUUUUUUUUGUUGCCUUUAUUGGUUUCACUUCCUCCCUUGUUCAGUGCAUAUGAGCCUGUCAUCUUCUCAGGACAUUUUUACCCCAUAUAAUUACACUAAACAAUAAUGAAACAAGUACUCUUCUAAAUCUAUUCACUAUACAGUUACGUAACACAGGCUACACCAUAAUGUAAUGUGACAUUACAAGACGUACUGUAAAUGUAUUGUGACACAUCAUACAGCUAGAAUGUCUUCAUAACACAUUACCUUUGUGUCAAAACAGUGUCCAGGGUUAAAGAAUAUGUAGUUAUGUACAUGUGUGUCCUAGUUAUGAUAUGUAACCUAAUAUCUAUCUUUCUCUUUGUCCACAGCGGAAUCUUUCCAGGAGUUUGCUGGUCUCCUACAGGAAGUGGAGGAUGACAGGAUAAUGCUGGUGGGUUAUCAGCAGCACCUCUUUGACCCUCAUACAACCAGAGGUAGAAAUCAGAGAAACCCCAACUGGAACUGGCUUCCUGGAGUGUCUCUGGUCUUUUCUUCCUUUGGCCCUGUGCUAUAGAAAUAAUAAUGUUGUGGUCCUCUGUAGCUCAGCUGGUAGAGCACGGCGCUUGUAACGCCAAGGUAGUGGGUUCGAUCCCCGGGACCACACGUACACAAAAAAAAAAAAUGUAUGCACGCAUGACUGUAAGUCGCUUUGGAUAAAAGCGUCUGCUAAAUGGCAUAAUUAUAUUAAUUAUAUUAUAAUGUUAUGACACUGCAUUAUCAGUGUGCAGUGAAAAGCAGCAUAUCCUGUUAUACUGGGCUUCCUGGAUGCUUUAAGGAUCUUUACAAAAAACACAGCUGCUCUAUAAUUACAGCUGAUGCUCUUUGUGAAGGGAAGAAGAGCAACACCUGCUGGAGUGCAAGAUAAUUCCCUGUUCAUUUCUAGGCUUCUAUUUGCGUGGUUCCCCUUUUCACCCAAAUUCUUAUCAUAACUCAUCUUGCAUGUUGGUAAUGUUUUGCCAAAUGGCCAACAGAACAUUCAAUGUUUCAUGUUUUUUUCUUGUUCAGGUUCAGAAUGCUUGUGAUCUGCUUAUCAAGCCACUGGAGAAGUUUCGCAAGGAGCAAAUAGGAGUGACAAAGGUGAGUUCAUAUUUAGUUUUAUAUUCAUUUAUUUAUAAUAUUUAGUUUGAUGGAUACUUCAGUAUUUACAUUUUACAAUUAUUGGUUGUUGGAUUGGAGUAUACUCACUUUUCAUUGAACAGUCAUGUGCUCAUGCAGUACUCUUUCACUUUUACUUGAUGGGAGAUAAACAGGAUUUGAGUUUUGGCAGUGCAUAUAAACCACACUCUCAUGUGCUGCUGAGGUGACACUGGCCCUCUUCCCCUUCCUCCAUCUCCUCCAGAUUUGCUUGCUGUGAAAAUUCAGCAGGAAGCUCACCAUGACACCAACCUACUUAUUCAGCAAGGCAUUAAGUCAAACACAAUUUUUUCUCUUUAGUGUACCUACCCAGUGCCACCAUAAACUGACCCAGUUGAUCAACUUAAAACUUUUUUACCAUUGCAAAGACUAUUCAAAUGGACUAGUUCUACAGUGGGGAAAAAAAGUAUUUAGUCAGCCACCAAUUGUGCAAGUUCUCCACUUAAAAAGAUGAGAGAGGCCUGUAAUUUUCAUCAUAGGUACACGUCAACUAUGACAGACAAAUUGAGAUUUUUUUUCUCCAGAAAAUCACAUUGUAGGAUUUUUAAUGAAUUUAUUUGCAAAUUAUGGUGGAAAAUAAGUAUUUGGUCACCUACAAACAAGCAAGAUUUCUGGCUCUCACAGACCUGUAACUUCUUCUUUAAGAUGCUCCUCUGUCCUCCACUCGUUACCUGUAUUAAUGGCACCUGUUUGAACUUGUUAUCAGUAUAAAAGACACCUGUCCACAACCUCAAACAGUCACACUCCAAACUCCACUAUGGCCAAGACCAAAGAGCUGUCAAAGGACGCCAGAAACAAAAUUGUAGACCUGCACCAGGCUGGGAAGACAAUCUGCAAUAGGUAAGCAGCUUGGUUUGAAGAAAUCAACUGUGGGAGCAAUUAUUAGGAAAUGGAAGAUCUCCCUCGAUCUGGGGCUCCACGCAAGAUCUCACCCCGUGGGGUCAAAAUGAUCACAAGAACGGUGAGCAAAAAUCCUAGAACCACAUGGGGGGACCUAGUGAAUGACCUGCAGAGAGCUGGGACCAAAGUAACAAAGCCUACCAUCAGUAACACACUACGCCGCCAGGGACUGAAAUCCUGCAGUGCCAGACGUGUCCCCCUGCUUAAGCCAGUACAUAUCCAGGCCCGUCUGAAGUUUGCUAGAGUGCAUUUGGAUGAUCCAGAAGAGGAUUGGGAGAAUGUCAUAUGGUCAGAUGAAACCAAAAUAUAACUUUUUGGUAAAAACUCAACUCGUCGUGUUUGGGGGACAAAGAAUGCUGAGUUGCAUCCAAAGAACACCAUACCUACUGUGAAGCGUGGGGGUGGAAACAUCAUGCUUUGGGGCUGUUUUUCUGCAAAGGGACCAGGACGACUGAUCCGUGUAAAGGAAAGAAUGAAUGGGGCCAUGUAUCAUGAGAUUUUGAGUGAAAACUUCCUUCCAUCAGCAAGGGCAUUGAAGAUGAAACGUGGCUGGGUCUUUCAGCAUGACAAUGAUCCCAAACACACCGCCCGGGAAACGAAGGAGUGGCUUCGUAAGAAGCAUUUCAAAGUCCUGGAGUGGCCUAGCCAGUCUCCAGAUCUCAACCCCAUAGAAAAUCUUUGGAGGGAGUUGAAAGUCCGUGUUGCCCAGCGACAGCCCCAAAACAUCACUGCUCUAGAGGAGAUCUGCAUGGAGGAAUGGGCCAAAAUACCAGCAACAGUGUGUGAAAACCUUGUGAAGACUUACAGAAAACGUUUGACCUGUGUCAUUGCCAACAAAGGGUAUAUAACAAAGUAUUGAGAAACUUUUGUUAUUGACCAAAUACUUAUUUUCCACCAUAAUUUGCAAAUAAAUUCAUUAAAAAUCCUACAAUGUGAUUUUCUGGAUUUAUUUUUCUCAUUUUGUCUGUCAUAGUUGACGUGUACCUAUGAUGAAAAUUACAGGCCUCUCUCAUCUUUUUAAGUGGGAGAACUUGCACAAUUGGUGGCUGACUAAAUACUUUUUUUCCCCCACUGUAUCUAUGCUUGGUCCUACUGCAAUGCAGUUUGAUUGAAUUUAGCCUUUAGAUUAAGUGAAUAAAUAGCCAAAGUCAGUAGAUGUGCUGUAGUAACAAUACUAGUGUUGCACUGCAUAAAUGUAGAAACACAAGUUCUGGAAGAAGGAGCCUCCCACUGGGCACAAACUGGUUGAAUGAACAUCAUUUUUCAACGUAUUGUGACAUGGAAUCAACAUGGAAAAUACAUGGAUGGGUGGGAAAAUCAAUGGAUGGGUGGGCAUAUAUCGCGAACGUCUAGCAACCCAAAGGUUGAGUGUUCGAAUGUCAUCACGGACAAUUUUAGCAUUUUAGCUAAUUGGCAACUUUGCAACUACUUACUACUUAGCAUGUUAGCUAACCGGAACCCUAACCUUAACCCUUUAACUUAACUCCUAACCUUAACCCUAACAUUUGCCCCUAACCCUAACCCCUAGCCUAGCUGACGUUAGCCACUUAGCUAAUGUUAGCGUUAGCCACCUAGCUAACGUUAGCCACAACAAAUUGGAAUUCGUAACGUAUCAAACAAAAUGGAUGAUGGACAUCCACAAAUUAAUACAUACUAUACAAAACGUAACAUAUCAUACUGAUUUGAGUGUCACGGAUUUACAUUUAAUAUGUUACAUCUACCCCUGAGUCCAGGUUGGUUUAACAGAGCAAAUGAAAUGUGGCCAUACUUUAUCAAUCAUCAAUGAUGCUAUUUAGACCUAUAUAGCAUUUUCAAAGUCAUCAACAACAAGUGUUUGAAUUCAACCCAGAAUUCAACUAAAAAUAAACCAUACAAUAGGCCUAGGGUUUCAAGCUCUGGUUGAUUUCAAAUUUAAUGUGAAAUUGAAUUAGCAAGUAUUGGGAAUAAUUCACUUGUGUAUUAAAGUAGUCGAAAGUUGUGUUUGGUCCCAUAUUCUUUGAUGUAAUCAUUGCGUGCUAGGAAUAUGGGACCAAAUACUAAACUUGUUAAUUUGUCCCAAUAUUUUUGGUCCACUAAAAUGGGGCGACUAUGUACAAAAAGUGCUGUAAUUUCUAAACGGUUCACCCGAUAUGGAUGAAAAUACCAUCAAAUUAAAGCUGACAGUCUGCACUUUAAUCUUGUAGUCAUUGUAUUAUUUCAAAUCCAAAGUGCUGGAUUACAGAGCCAAAACUAAAAUUUGCCACUGUCCCAAUACUUUUGGAGCUCACUGUGAGUGAAGGUAUGGGACUAACUCAAAUCACAUUUUAUUUAUAGUGCAUUUAAAGUUGGAUUUGAUUUAGUCCUAUUCAAUAGCUUAGAUUUUUGUUUGAGAUGGAGACGUGACCCCAGCAUAUCAAUUAUUAAUUUGUAGACAAACUGGAAUUAAAGCAAGACUAAGUCAGUGCCACAGAUGGAACUACACAAGCAGAAGAUACAUCUCAUUCAAAUGUUUAUAUUUGGUUACGUUGAUAACCAAACACUUUAAUAUCACUUCUGAAAUACAGAAAUAGCCUAUUAACUUAUCGACAAGUUAACAAAUGAUAUGUUGGAUUCACAUCUUCAACUCAACCAAAAAUAAAAGUUAAAGAAUGGGAUUAAGCCAGUGGCUCAGAUGGAACUAUCCAAGCAGUAGAUACAUCUCCUUUAAAUGUUGAUAUUUGGUUGCGUUGUCAACCAAACACAAUUUAAUGUAACUUUUGUAAUACAGUAAAUAGCUAAGUAAAAAGUUAAGGAGACUAUCUUACAAACGAAUGUAACCUUCAACCUUAAAAUGAGUAACACAUCUGUGGCCACGUGUUGAGGUUACUAAAACUAUAAAGAUCUUAUGUAAUCAUAUGAACUAUGUUCAAGAUAGCAUUCAUAAGUCAUCACAGGUCUGUGGAGAUCUUCACAAUUGCUAUAAUAAUCUGCGCAGAAUCUCAAAUGGUAUUGAUCACUUGCACUGUGUACUUUUAAUAUCGUCUCAACUGCAAUCCCGGUCAUUUGGUUCUGCUAUUAGAUGAAUCACAGCGAUAUCACAUUAAUCUGUUGUAUAAAUAAACAAAAUAUCUGAUAUUGUAUUCCCAUUUCACCAUGCUGAAAAUUGGUCAAUAGACCAAUAGCAAAGAAUUCCAAACCUCUCUGCCAAUAACAGCUAGUUUUCAGUUUUCCCUUCCCAUUCAGACAAGUCCCAGAGACCGUCCUAGCUAAAUUAUUGCUUGAGAACUAUUUUUUAUUUGCUAAAAAGCUAUUUUUGCCUAUUUUUAAUGGAAAUCUAUUACAGUAAGGUACUUAAUUGUUACCCAGAAAUGAUUUGAUAUUGAUAUAAAAACAGCUGCAUUGGGCCUUUUAAAUAGCAUAGGCUACAGUAAGGAGUAAUAGCAACAGCAAAAUACAUAGUUUUUCUAAAUAUGUUGGAAGUGUUGGCAGUCAACAUUGUUGUAGUUGCUUCAACGAGUAUAGGCCUGUACAUGUCUUUACUCCUGAAACAAAUAAAAAUACUAAGUGUGAGGCUAUUGUAGGCGAUGUGUGAGGUUCGCAGUAAGCAAGAUAUAGGCCUAUCCACUGUUGAUAUGGCAUUAUAUUGAAUGUACAGUAUUGUACAUUAUUUUAGCCAGCUCUUGUUAUUAUUUUGGAUGUGCGUAAAACCCACUCCAUGCCUUUUCACACUGCAUUGUUCUUAGCCCCAGGCUAUCUUAGCCCCAGGCUACAGUGAGACUGGUCCUGGGCUAGCUUAUCCUGUGUUCACACAAGCAUUCGUUAACCCAAGCUUUAGCCCUCGGCUAAGGAUUCACACUUGUAUUCCAAAUCACUGGGCUAAUGGACAAACACACAUGCUACCAACAUUCUAUUUCUUCCACGCGACCAAUGAUAUAAGCAAUAAGGCAUUUAUUAACACAUUAUAUCCUCUUGCUUCUAGCCCAGCAUUUAAUUUGGAACAGUGAUGGUUUGUAUAAACCUUGAUUCUGCCUGUCCGACCUCGGAAACAAUGUUUCACUUUUGAAAUGUGAUCUCUCUGUACAGAGAAUGCUGUGCACGGACAAGACAAACCUUUCUGAUCCAGUUGAAAUGAUGCCACAAUAUUAUUAUGAUGGAUAGUUAUAUUCAAUUAGAUGUCAAUAGAAAAGCUAUGAAAACAUAUGAAAAUGAGUGUUUGCUGCCCUUCCAGCUGUGGAGUUUGUGGGGCAGUUGGGUAGCUAAGUGAGAAGAUGUUAGCCAGCCUGCAUAGCAGCUGUUUUUGUUAGCCAUAGAAACCAGUUUAGUUUUUACUGGAUGAAAGUAUUUUGUUUUUUUGUCAGGUAGUUUUCCUCAGAUGGAAAGAUGAAAUAGUAUACAUUUACUUAUUAAAAGUAAAUGGGCUAGCUGGCCCUCAGGAGCAGGGCCAGCUAGCCCUGGGCUAAGGUUGGUGCUAGUGUGAACACUCGCUGAGCCCAGGCUAAAAUCUGCCUUAGCCCUGGGUUAAGGUGUGAACGCGCCUCAUGUAGGCUACAUGUGCAUAUGCCCAUCAUGGAAUGAGAGAUGAGAUGAUGACGGUGACCCACGUACUGUAUUUAGAAACAUCUAAGUUAUUUUCAUUAGAUUAAAAACCAAGCCCUCAGUAGGCUACCCUUACCCUACUAUAAUGAAAGCUGGUUCAACAGCAAUGCGUUGGGUGUCUUUCUUAUCCUGGCCAUGCAUUAGCCAAGUAGCCUAUCCAUAAAAGGUUUCUAAAUGGUCAUCUUGUGAGGCUUUUGCCGGCAUGUUUUUGCAUUAUUCACAAUUCACAUAGGCCUACCUGCAUACUCCAUCUAGCUUGUAUUAAUCCCCAUUUCCAAAGAGCGCCUCUUGUCCAGUUACCAAAGACGUGCUCCUCCAAACUUACUUAAAUUAUUCAGUCCUACUGUAGAUAAAAAGGGGAUGCCCGCUGACUGUUUUGCUGCUUCUAAACUUGAUGUUUUAAUAAAGCUUUGGUGAUUAAGAUUUAUAUCAAAGCGGUCUCACGAGCCAAACCUUUUAUUUAUAGUAUUGGCUACUGGCGAAUGCAUUGGGCAGAAAAAAAAUUAACUGCUUUCAUUGAGGGAAGGGGAGAUUAUGCUUGUUUUUUAAUCAAAUUAAUGAAAUGGGGAAAAAACUAUUUUUAAUGUUUCUAUAUAUGAGGUACACGGGCACAAAGAGCACAUCUCUGUUGUUCCAUGAGCAUUUGGUCACUGUGUGUCACGGCUAUGACAUAACCAAACGCUUUAACGCUAAGACCUGCUUUUGGUGAGUCAAAUCUCCCUAUUUGUGCUGAAUAAAUUUGUCACUUUUGCGCUAGUUUUUAAGGACACACCUCAAAUAUUGCCACCCCUUUCACCUCAGUGCAAGUGAGCUGAUACUGGCGGCAGUUUUUACAUGCCGAAAUUACCAACUAACGUGUGUUUUUACACUUGCACCGCCUUAGCGCCAGCCGAAAAUAGAGCCCCUUGAGUAGUUGAAUCAGGUCUAGAACAACAUUUAUUUUAUUUUUUUUUACAUUUUUAGUCAUUUAGCAGAUGCUCUUAUCCAGAGCGACUUACAGUUAGUGAGUGCAUACAUUAUUUUUAUUUUUCAUACUGGCCCCCCGUGGGAAAUGAACCCACAACCCUGGCGUUGCAAACGCCAUGCUCUACCAACUGAGCUACAUCCCUGCCUGCCAUUCCCUCCCCUACCCUGGACGACCCUGGGCCAAUUAUGCGCUGCCCCAUGGGUCUCACGGUCGCGGCCGGCUACGACAGAGCCUGGAUACGAACCAGGAUCUCUAGUGGCACAGCUAGCACUGCGAUGCAGUGCCUUAGACCACUGCGCCACUCGGGAGACAACAAUGUGGACUGUUUUGUGGUCCCCCAGGAGAGGGUUGGGAAACACUGAUCUCAACUGAUCAAGGCCAGUUAUGGCUGUGUGGAGCAACAUGUGCAUGUACAAACUGUUACGAUUAUGACAUUAUGAUCUUGCUAUUAUUCUUGUUGACAAAUGAUGAAGUCUCAUACUGAUUUUAAAAAAUAUAUGUUUUGUUGAAUUAUUGUGUAAUUAAUUGAAUAAACCUCUGUCUGUCUUUUAGGAAACAAGGAAGAAGUUUGAGAAAGAGAGUGAAAAAUAUUACUCUCAGUUAGAUAAACAUCUGAAUUUGUCUGCUAAGAAGAAGGAAACUCAGCUGCAGGAGGUUGGUAGAAAUCCCUCAACAGAGACUUCCUGUAAAGAGUUUAAUGGAACUCUGAAGGGAUUAAAAGUUUUGUUUGUAAAAUGUGUAUAUUGUAUUCUAAUGCUCCCUAAUUGGAUAACUCAACUGGCUCAAGCUCACCGGCUUAAAGCUUAGCUAAUAACAACAAAUAUUAAGACUAAUCGGAAAUAAGCUGCUUUUGUAAUCACCAUUUAAUUCCUCCACAGGCUGACGAGCUGCUGGACAAAGAGAGGCUGAACUUCUAUGAGUCGUCAGUGGAGUAUGUGUACCAGAUCCAGCAGGUGCAGGACAGGAAGAAGUUUGAUGUGGUGGAGCCUGUAAGUGUUUUCUUCUUCUCCGUCGCCCACACUUCCUGUUUACAGCUCCAUGUGUUGCUGCAUGGAUAUCCACAGACAUGGCUACAGAUGCUGCCUGUGUAACCUAUUAUAAGAUACAGCCACAGUUGAUCAAUGGCACACAUCCUGAACAAACCAUAAUUAACCUCUGAACACCACUGCACAUUGAGACAGGCAAGUCUAACAUGGCACACUAGGAAAUAAUUACUUUCCCAUUGAUUUCUCAUUUGAACCAAUGGCUAGAUUAGCAAUAGGUCAGUGUUAGAGUACAGUAUGAGUGAGUGUGGAGAACAGCCUUUGAACAGCUAUGAGAGUCUAGAAGUCUGGUACGCAAGGCUAGUAUAGAGGUGAACUCUUACACUUCACUUCAUUAAGUAUUAUAAAAUAAAUUUGGCCAUUAUAAGAAUAUAGUGACAGGACCAUUUAUGAAUAACUAUCAAUAUACUAACAAUCACUUGUAUGUUGCGUUGUUUUCAAUGAACAGGUGCUGGCAUUUCUUCACAGUAUCCUAACACUCAACAGCCUGACGGUGGAGAUGACUCAGGACUUCAUGCCCUAUAAGCAGGAGUUGCAGCUCAGCUUGCAGAAUGUGAGUAGCUACCGAUGGUAAUGACAACAUUAGUUAAUAAAAUGAGACUCAAUAAUGUUGAUGCCUAAUGCUGGUAGCGAUAGAUAUAGUAAUGGUGAUGGGUCUAGUUAGGACUCCAUGAAGCUGUAAUCGGGCUUCCCAAUAACCAUCCAACAUGACCGUGAGUCUGAGUGUGUUUUGAUGUGAUCUGUAGACGCGGAACCACUUUGAGAGCACUCGUGAGGAGAUUGAGGAGCUGAUGAAGAGAAUGAAGCAUCCAACCCAGAUCGGCAAAAUGCACAGCCAGCCAAUCAUUGAGGGCUACUUGUACUCUCAGGAGAAGUGUAAGUAUGCAUGCUACAGUUUGUUUGUAAACCAGCUACAUUCCUCUCAACAUGUUGUUUUGAAUAAGCCCUGACCUGACAUCAUAUCCUAUCACCCUUCUCUCCCAGGGGCCUUGGGUGUGUCAUGGGUGAAGUACUACUGUAAGUAUCACAAAGACAGUAAGCUGUUUGUCAUGGUUCCUGCUGAACCAAAACCUGCAACCAAACAGGUAGGUUAUAAAAUGGGUCAUAUAAUCUUUAUAAGACACUUGAACAACUAUUUGUCACAUCUCUGAUAUUUGAUCAGACUCAAUAGAAUUAUUCAAUUAUAUGUGCUCAUAUAUUACUUGUGUUUUUACUUUUUAAUUAACUUUCUCCAAAGCUUUAAUGUAAAGAUUAUCUCUCUUCCUCCUUUUACCCACACACUGUCAUGGUUUUUCCAGGGCCCCACAGAGCUGAAACUUAAAUCCUGCUUCCGCCGAAAGACAGAGUCCAUAGACAAGCGCUUCUGCUUUGAUAUUGAAACUUAUGAGAGGUUAGUACUAACGCGUCACUUUGAGAUGAGGUAGACUUUGUAUAAGAUGAUACAUGCCUUGUGGGAUAAACAAGUUUGAGCAGUGAGGUGAACAGGUGGUCUACAAGGACACUGAGUGUGUGGGUACAGAGUGGAUUCUAGCCCAAACAAUCAGUUGGCAGCAGGCUCCUCUAUAUCCUGCUGGAAGCAGAUGGCAAACUCUGUGAUUUUCAGGGGAAGGGAACACCAUGAACUCAGCAAGGCAUUCUGUACAAUAUGCACAGCAGAGGGACGCAAGCCAUGCACUGACAUUUCAUAUCAGACAGAGGGAUGUCAGACACCAGCUCAUAAAAUGUUGAUCACUCAGGCCAGACAAAUACAGGUAACUGCCAAAAGGAAACACCAACAAAGUGUCUUACAAGGGUGUUAGGCCACCACGAGCUGCCAAAACAGCUUCAAUGCGCCUUGGCAUAGAUUCUGGAAAUCUAUUGGAGGGAUGCGACACCAUUCUUCCACAAGAAAUUCCAUAAUUUUGUGUUUUUGUUGAUGGUGGUGGAAACUGCCCAGAAUCUCACAUAAGUGUUCAAUUGGGUUGAGAUCUGGUGACUGAGACACACACACCCUUUAAUCUUUUUUCUAUGUUCCUUUGAUACCCCUCUUUCAAAGUCACUGAGAUCUCUUCUAGCCAUGGUAGCCUGAAUAAUGGGCAAAAUGACCCUAAGCAUGAUGGGAUGUUAAUUGCUUAAUUAACUCAGGAACACCACCUGUGUGGAAGCACCUGCUUUCAAUAUACUUUGUAUCCCUCAUACUCAAGUGUUUCCUUUAUUUUGGCAGUUACAUGUAGAUUUAAACUAAUAAUGAUUUGGACUAAAGGUCUCAUGUAACAAAACUGUAGUCAAACAAAUGCAAUGUUGUCUAUGCCCUAACUGUGACACUUGUUCCUAUAACCAUAGAAACACACCUGUCACACUCCAGGCUGUUUCAGAGGCCAACAGGAAGUUGUGGAUGGAGGCCAUGUACGGAAAAGAGCCUGUGAGUUUAUUUUCUGCCUCCUACUGUAGGGUCCAUACAUCCCCCCUGGUCCAGAUGUUAUUCUGUACUGUAAAGGCAUUGUGCUUCUACAUCUGCAUUGCUUGCUGUUUGGGGUUUUAGGCUGGGUUUCUGAAUAGCACUUUGUGACAUCUGCUGAUGUAAAAAGGGCUUUAUAGAUACAUUUGAUUGAUUGUGUUUUAUAGUCCUCAUCUUGCUGUUUUACUUUGGUUUUGAUAAACAAUAAUAUUAUUAUAAUAAUAGCAUAUAUUCAGGAUUAUUUAUACAGAUAAUUUAUGAUGGCCACAGAAAGCUCCACAUAUAUUUCAGUUUCUUGGUGUCUUACAUUUUCCUUUCAUUCCAGAUUUAUCAUUCCCCAAUUCACAAGCAAGCUGAAAGUAUGUACCAUUACCGGUGUUAAUUUUUCUGUUUUUUACCUGCAGUAUAUUAUAGUGAAUUAAAAUGUAUUAAUCUCAUAGAACAUCCAUACACACGUGUAUGUCAUUCCACUGCUUGUGAAAUCUGUUAAAUGUUACUUGCCUUCCACAGUGGAAUUGAAUGAAGUUGGAUUCAAGUUUGUGAGAAAAUGCAUAAACUUCGUUGAAACUAAAGGUAAAGUUACCAGAAAGUUCUAGUCCACACCAUGUGUUUUCUCUUUGUAUGUCGCCGAUCAGAUUUCAUGCCAGUUUUGUCAUAGUCUAGUCAGUUUGCCUCAUUGCCCUUUAGAGGGCAGAGAUGAGUUGUGUUUGGAAUGAGAUCCGCUAAAGCCUCACUGCUAUCCUAAAUUAACCUUCUCACCAGAGGCGAGCAGUAAAUAAAAACACACUGGCUCCAAUGUGACGUCCAGCCAGGAAAGCAUAACUUUGGCAUGUAGCUCAACAUAAUAAACUUCUCUAUAGUAGAGUACUUCAGUCCAUACUAAAUUAGCUGUUUUACUUUGUUUACAUCAAUGGAACUAUUAAUAACGCACCAGUACUAUGCAUAGCUUAUUAGUAAUCAUGCCUCCAGGUAGGCAACAAGGGUAUUACUCCAGAGGGAGUCUAUUCACAUGUGGCAUCAGAACACUUUUAACAGUGUGGGCACCUCACAUUCAACUGUUUCUAUUUCUCAAGCAGCUUAAAUUCUUUAGAUUCCAUGGGCCUUCUCACUUCAGCCCUCCCUAAUUCACUCUUCCAUACUCGACUUUAAUUUAGUAGAAAGACACUCCGUCUGUAUUUAUGAGUUUGGUGAGGCACCAGCACCAUGAUAUGCUCCUCGUAUCUUUCACAACCAGUAAGAUAUGCAAGCCUCAUAUAAUAACAUAAACUCCAGCCGUCCACUGGAGCAGUGAAGAAAAUCAUUCAUUUGGAGAGGCUGGGACGUAGGCUAGCGUUGUCAAGGCGUUGUCUGCUACGUCCCCAUUUUCAAUCCAGUUCAAACAGGACUGCACUGAGGAACAGCCUGUACAUUUCCACUGCUUGGAAUUUCUCGGGAGGAAACUCCCCCUUUAGUUUCCUUUUACCUCAACCCCACCCACUCUCUCUCUCCAUCUCCCGCUCUCUUUUACAGGACUCACACAAGAAGGAGUGUACAGAACUGUUGGCAGCAACAUCCAAGUGCAGAAGCUUUUAAAUGUAUUUUUUGGUGAGGAAAUUACCCAGUCAACAUCUGUGCUCUCUAUUUAGUUGGGAUUGAGGAAUGCAUAGAAACAGAAGCACUGUUUGGAGCAGAAUACAAUUAUUAAGAUGUUUCAUUUCCCUUGUUUCACUGGCACACACAGCAGGAUUUGGACUAGCUUAUAGGUAAUUCCCUCGCCCCUAAGGUGGAGGACUAUGUGACAGGCAAUACUAUUUAUUAAUCCAAUAUUAAACAAUGUGCUAUUGCAAAGGCUUAAUUUAUUAUAAUCAUUUAUCCAUUUCUGCAGCCCUCUAUAAUGAUGUUGUUGUGUAAACAUUGAAAUGUUAUAUUUACUUGCCUUUUGAAUGAAGGAAUAAAAUAAAUGGUUGCUUAUGAAUAGAUUAACUGAGACAAAUAAACUCAAAGUAAAUUAAUACUUUAAUAACUUGCCAGCAGUUAUCUUCUCAGAAUUUGUUUUCAAGGUUGUUUGCAAGGGCCUCUGCAUAUAUAUAUUUUGUUUUUACAAUUUCUGAUUGUUUGUUUUUAAUCGGCUCUCUCCUCUCUCUGUAGACCAGAAAUGCCCAGGAGAUGUGGAUUUCUACAGCAGUGACUUGGACAUAAAAACCAUCACCAGUGCAAUGAAGUUUUAUCUCAGGUGUGUUCUCGUCCUCUUAAAUCAUCCAGCAGGUGACACACAAGAGCCAGCUGCUCUGGAACAACAAUUUCUAUAGAAUUAUGUUACAUCAACCUUUCUCUGAAGUCCAUUAGCACUCAGCUAAGGAUUACUUUAUACUAUUCCAGGUAUUCCUUAAAGAGGUAGGGUUUCAAGUGUCUCCGGAAGGUGGUCAGUGACUCCGCUGUCUUGGCGUAAUGGGGGAGCUUAUUCCACCAUUGGGGUGCCAGAGCAGCGAAUAGCUUUGACUGAGCUGAGCGGGAACUGUGCUUCCGUAGAGGUAGGGGAGCUAGCAGGCCAGAGGUGGAUGAAGGUAGUGCCCUCGUUUGGGUGUAGGGUCUGAUCAGAGCCUGAAGGUAAGGAGGUGCCGUUACCCCUCACAGCUCCGUAGGCAAGCACCAUGGUCUUGUAGUAGAUGCGAGCCUCAACUGGAAGCCAGUGGAGUGUGCGGAGGAGCGGGGUGACAUGAGAGAACUUGGGAAGGUUGAACACCAAACAGGCUGCAGCGUUCUGGAUAAGUUGUAGGGGUUUAAUGGCACAGGCAGGGAGCCCAGCCAACAGCGAGUUGCAGUAAUCCAGACGGGAGAUGACAAGUGCCUGGAUUAGGACCUGUGCCGCUUUCUUUGUAAGGUAGGGUCGUACUCUGCGAAUGUUGUAGAGCAUGAACCUGCAGGAUCGGGUCACCGCUUUGAUGUUAGCGGAGAACGACAGGGUGUUGUCCAGGGUCACGCCAAGGUUCUUUGCACUCUGGGAGGAGGACACAAUGGAGUGUCAACCGUGAUGGCGAGAUCAUGGAGCGGGCAGUCCUUCCCCGGGAGGAAGAGCAGCUCCGUCUUGCCGAGGUUCAGCUUGAGGUGGUGAUCCGACAUCCACACUGAUAUGUCUGCCAGACAUGCAGAGAUGCGAUUCGCCACCUGGUUAUCAGAAGGGGGAAAGGAGAAAAUUAAUUGUGUGUUGUCUGCGUAGCAAUGAUAGGAGAGACCAUGUGAGGAUAUGACAGAGCCAAGUGACUUGGUGUAUAGAGAGAAUAUGAGAAGGGGUAGAACUAAGCCCUGGGGGACACCAGUGGUGAGAGCACAUGGUGCGGAGACAGAUUCUCGCCACGCCACCUGGUAGGAGCGACCUGUCAGGUAGGAUGCAAUCCAAGAGUGAGCAGCGCCGGAUUGCGUCCUACCAUAUCAAAAUAUAUAGGGCGCUGUACUGCAUGUAAUGUACAGUAUGCACAGUAUAGUAUGUACAUUUUGCAGUUCUAUGGCAUUUCCAGACUGUAUAUUCUGUAUAUGUUUUAUACGAAAAUGUUAUUCCAUGUUUCAAGUAAGUUAUGUGUAGUGAUUAGAGAGACUUUGUAAUAAUCUAUGCUGGCUGAGGUUGUUCUCUGCUCCAUGAGCCUAGUAUAAUUGUUUGCUGUUUGAAGUACUCAGUGACAAGGCCUCUUGGCUUCAAGGCCAGGUUUUUAUCCUCCCCCAAUACCCCUCAUGAUGAUUUACUCACAGGUCAUCUCACCACACUUAGAAGAGGCCAGGCAGCUGUUUGAAGGAGAUUACUCAAGGCCUUUGGUCUCUCAUGCCUUAACACUGCAGUAAUAAAUCUAAUUUCAGAUUAGGAAGGAAAGUUUUGAUAAAGAGAAAUUUGGCAGUAGCCUCUCAAAUUAAUUCAGAAUGAUCCAUCAUGUAUGACAUUCCUGGGAGUGUGUAAACUUACAUUUUGUAUUACCAUAUCAUUUUUGUAUGUUCUCUAUAGUUAUGUACUUGAAAAUGUAUCAAUUGACCAAUUUGGCAUAUUUGGGAAGACUUGAAACAAAAUAGUCCAGUAUUGCAAUGCUUCACUGGAUUAAUCUGAAACUUUGCACAUACACUGCUAUCUAAAUUGCACCUAAACUGCAAUAUUAUAUUGUGUCCUUUUUACAAAUUUUUACAUUUUAGUCAUUUAGCAGACGCUCUUAUCCAGAGCGACUUACAGUUAGUGAGUGCAUACAUUUUCAUACUGGCCCCCUGUGGGAAACAAACCCACAACCCUGGCAUUGCAAGCGCCAUGCUCUACCAACUGAGCUACAGGGGACUACUGCCUUUCUCUUGCAUUUCAAAGAUGAUAAAAUAAAAUGCAUGUUUUUUGUUUGUAUUAUCUUUUACCAGAUCUAAUGUGUUAUUCUCCUACAUUAAUUUCACAUUUCCACAAACUUCCAAGUGUUUCCUUUCAAAUGGUAUCAAUAAUAUGCAUAUCCUUGCAGGUCCUGAGCUACAGGCAGUUAGAUUUGGGUAUGUCAUUUUAGGCGAAAAUUUGGAAAAAAAAGGGUCCGAUCCUUAAGAGGUUAAAAAGGGUGUUUUAGGGUAUGAUGUGAGUGUUGGAGUAUUUGUACUGUACUUAUUUACCUGAUCGCGUGUGUUCAUCCACAGGAGCCUAACAGAGCCUUUGAUGACCUACGGUCUCAACAGGGACCUCAUCUUAGCAGCAAGUAAGACGUGUUUUCACACUUACUGACGUAAAAACAACAAUGAAUUGGAGAAACAAUUACUGAAACCCACUUCAAGAUCAGAUCAUAUCUUAUUUGCAUAUGGCAUACACAUUUAAAAAGAAACUGCCCCAGUUCCCUAAACUGAUGGACUUCUGUAACAUGUAAAGUAGGUCAGACGUCAGAUUUAUAGAUCUUUAGCAUAGUCUCAUUGCACAUAAAACGUACAUUUCCUUCUCAUGUGAGGGCAUGUUUUUGUAGGACACAUUUUGUCUGACACUACUGUACAUUUGUAUCGUACAAGUCAUUACAUUUUAAAGGUUGGUUUUGGGAGCUGAGCAACAGGUUGUUUACUUCCACAUCUUGUCAUAUGUUUGCCAAAUGCUCUCCAUAGAGUUAAUUCAUUGUGCAUUUGUUCUCCAUCAGAUUGAGUUCAUUCUCAAGUUCAACAGGCUGGGUUACAGCUAUAAAAGGGAAGAAAAAAAGUACACACGCUCUAAUGUUGUACACCAGCUCUAAUCCUCUUAACUGAGAUAAACUCCCAUGCCCCAGGAGCCCUAUUGUUCAACUGCAUGAGGUCCUUGUUUCACAUUACACCACAAUGCAGCUGUGUGGAGCUGGACCCCUGAAAUGUUUUGACUGGGAUGAGGAUUAGGCUUUGCUGAUUUACUUUCUCAUGCACAAUGUCUAUGCAUAUUUAAUUAAAACUCCAUGUAUACAGUUGAAGUCGGAAGUUUACGUACACCUUAGCCAAAUACAUUUAAACUCAGUUUUUCACAAUUCCUGACAUUUAAUCCUAGUAAGAAUUCCCUGUUUUAGGUCAGUUAGGAUCACCAUUUUAUUUUAAGAAUGUGAAAUGUCAGAAUAAUAGUAGAGAGUGAUUUAUUUAAGCUUUUAUUUCUUUCAUCACAUUCCCAGUGGGUCAGAAGUUUACAUACACUCAAUUAGUAUUUGGUAGCAUUGCCUUUAAAUUGUUUAACUUGGGUCAAAUGUUUCAGGUAGCCUUCCACAAGCUUCCCACAAUAAGUUGGGUGAAUUCUGGCUCAUUCUUCCUGACAGAGCUGGUGUAACUGAGUCAGGUUCGUAGGCCUCCUUGCUCGCACACGCUUUUUCAGUUCUGCCCACACAUUUUCUAUAGGAUUGAGGUCAGGGCUUUGUGAUGGCCACUCCAAUACCUUGACUUUGUUGUCCUUAAGCCAUUUUGCCACAACUUUGGAAGUAUGCUUGGGGUCAUUGUCCAUUUGGAAGACCCAUUUGCAACCAAGCUUUAACUUCCUGACUGAUGUCUUGAGAUGUUGCUUCAAUAUAUCCACAUAAUUGUCCUUCCUCAUGAUGCCAUCUAUUUUGUGAAGUGCACCAGUCCCUCCUGCAGCAAAGCACCCCCACAGCAUGAUGCUGCCACCCCUGUGCUUCACGGUUGGGAUGGUGUUCUUCGGCUUGCAAGCGUCCCCCUUUUUCCUCCAAACAUAACGAUGGUCAUUAUGGCCAAACAGUUCUAUUUUUGUUUCAUCAGACCAGAGGACAUUUCUCCAAAAAGUAUGAUCUUUGUCCCCAUGUGCAGUUGCAAACUGUAGUCUGGCUUUUUUAUGGCGGUUUUGGAGCAGUGGCUUCUUCCUUGCUGAGCGGCCUUUCAGGUUAUGUCGAUAUAGGACUGGUUUUACUGUGGCUAUAGAUACUUUUGUACCUGUUUCCUCCAGCAUCUUCACAAGGUCCUUUGCUGUUGUUCUGGGAUUGAUUUGCACUUUUCGCACCAAAGUACGUUAAUCUCUAGGAAACAGAACGCGUCUCCUUCCUGAGCGGUAUGAUGGCUGCGUGGUCCCAUGGUGUUUAUACUUGCGUACUAUUGUUUGUACAGAUGAACGUGGUACCUUCAGGCGUUUGGAAAUUGCUCCCGAGGAUGAACCAGACUUGUGGAGGUCUACAAAAAUUUUUUCUGAGGUCUUUCUUUUGGUUUUCCUAUGAUGUCAAGCAAAGAGGCACUGAGUUUGAAGGUAGGCCUUGAAAUACAUCUACAGGUACACCUCCAAUUGACUCAAAUGAUGUCAAUUAGCCUAUCAGAAGCUUCUAAAGCCAUAACAUCAUUUUCCGGAAUUUUCCAAGCUGUUUAAAGGCACAGUCAACUUAGUGUAUGUAAACUUUUGACCCACUGGAAUUGUGAUACAGUGAAUUAUAAGUGAAAUAAUCUGUCUGUAAACAAUUGUUGGAAAAAUUACUUGUGUCAUGCACAAAGUAGAUGUCCUAACCGACUUGCCAAAAGUAUAGUUUGUUAACAAGAACUUUGUGGAGUGGUUGAAAAACGAGUUUUAAUGACUCCAACCUAAGUGUAUGUAAACUUUCGACUUAAUAAUAAUAAUAAUAUGCCAUUUAGCAGACGCUUUUAUCCAAAGCGACUUACAGUCAUGCGUGCAUACAUUUUUUUUGUGUAUGGGUGGUCCCGGGGAUCGAACCCACUACCUUGGCGUUACAAGCGCCGUGCUCUACCAGCUGAGCUACAGAGGACUUCAACUGUACAUAAUGGAUUGUGUAAAAUCGGCAACAAAUAAAUGCCCUAAAAGCAGUGAUGUUUAGGUCAAUCUCAAUUGAGGAUAAUAUAUAAAUUAUUGCUCAUGUAUAUAGUAUUUCUCAUCUCUUAGAAUCUGAUAAUCUAGCUGAUCGACUGGGUGCAAUCCACUGCCUGACGUACAAACUCCCAGAGAAGAAUCGAGAAAUGCUAAGCCUACUGAUCCAACACCUGGUCAAGUAAGAGCUAACCUGAUAUGAUAUGCCGCUGUUGUGCUGCAGCCUCUGUGCCUUGUCUCCUAACUGAUGCAGUUGCAAGGGUUAUUCUUAUUUAGGCCUUUUAUUGUGGUUUAAUUGCAUAUCUGUGGUGUUGUGUUGCCCAUGGGCUCAGUGAAGGGAUUAACUGGCAUCUGUUCAGAUGGUUACAGUAUCGGACUGAGACACUUGGAUCUAUGUAUAGUGCAAAUGUAAUGUACAUUUAAAUUGGGAAAUACCUGUCCAAUCCUCCAAUAUCAUCAAUAUCCUGUUUAUUAAUUUAUGAUAGAUGUGCAAUUAUAAAUUGACAUUAACUGGCAUUAAGUUGUUCACUAUUAGAUAGGUGUUUGUUCCUAUUGGACAUGACUUUAGAGUCAUGUUGUUUACGAACCCAUCUGGAUUCCUAUUGACAGUGUCUGCGGUAACAGUGGGGACAACCUGAUGACUCCCUCCAACAUGGGCGUGAUCUUCGGCCCCACCCUGAUGAGGGCAGAAGAGGAGACUGUGGCAGCCAUGUUGGAUAUAAAGUUCCAGAACAUUGUUGUUGAGAUUCUCAUUGAGGACUACACCAAGGUGAAUUUGAAAGAUUCAGUUACCUGCUCCUCCCUUGCAAAGAGCUUAAGAGUCAAGUGAUUGUUAUUUGAUGUACUGUGGCAUCAUACACAUUCAAGUAGGCCAUGGUUCAUUCUCGAUCAGUGAAUCUCAAACUUUUCCACUCGGGGGGGUCCCCCCUUCCAUCAUUGGGGAACAACCUAGCUAAAAAAUGUUAACUGACAUGGGUUACUUGAUCUGGACAUUUCUGACAAGUUAUAAAUGGCUCUCUAAGGUCUGCAAUGACUGGCAUGACAAGAGGAAAACUGCUGAUGUACUACCCAAUUUCGUAAUUGCACCUUGUGUAUUUUACUAUUACAACUUUCAAGAGUAUGUUGAAAGCCUGAGUCGGGCAUAGUAAUAGUAGAAUAGUAGAAUGCACAAGGUGCACAGUUUGGGAACCACUGAUCUAGGUACUAAUGCGUAUUCUCAAGUAUAAUGUAAUGUAUAUUAAAUGUAAGUCCUUUUGGACGAGCUGCUGUGAUUACAGAUAUUCUGCAGUGCACCAGAGGAGAGUUCCACAGCCCCACCAAUGCCUCCUCCAAGGUUCACCCCAAGGAAACGGCAACCAAUCACCAUCUCCAAGCGUCCGGCCCGCGUCUACCUAGCAGUUAAUUAUGGCCAGGUCCAGAACACUGAGAGUAAUUAUUUACCUCUGCUUUAAUCAUCAUGAUCAUCAUCCUCAUCAUCACCAUAACCAUUAUUAUCAUUAUCAUCCCUUGUCCUGCAAAUGCAGAUUAUAUUAAGAUUAUUACAUUGUUCACUUGGUAUGUGUAAGGUGAUUUAUACAGUAGGUGGCUGAUGUUUAUUCUGGACACUGUAUUACUGAGAGAAUGAUGUGGGAAUCUUAAGCACUUGUGAAUUGAUAGCACAGAAUACAGAAUGUACUUUUACUUUUCUUUCUAAAUGUUUGGUCUUUACAUGAAUUGCAUGCCCUUCUUUGAGGGAAAAGUGUGUUCUUUUAUCAAGCCAUUUUAAACCAAUUUGGUUGAAUUGGAAGCAAUAAACGUCAAAAAAAUUUUGCAUGCCAUAUCUAGAUAUUUGCUUACUCCAACCUCUUCCUAACUGCACUUAGAGAGGCAGUAGGAGGUAUUGUGUGCUCACUGAAUGGAAGUUUUUGCUUCAGGCUAAAUCAUGUAAUUUAUACCUCUUGUAACUUUGCGUUAAAUGUCUGUGUGUGAGUCAGUCCUUUCAUUUACUGUGGCAUGGAUAGAUGUGGAACACUUGCAGCUUGUCCUCCCCUCCAUUGUGUGGUAUUUUAUUUAGUGAUCUUCUCUGAGUUCCUGCUUGGAGUUACCAAAUAACCAGCUCUGCUUUGCAUGACAAUUAACUACCACCUGUCUGAAUCCAGCGUUUGAAUAGUGCAUGUACCACUGGAAACCUGGCCAACAGCAUGACUAGAUGAGACAAAGAGUACGCCGAAGUCGUCUGUUUACUUUUUAAUCUCCUAAAGUAAUAGAUAAUUGUUAUACGCAAUCCGUCCUAUACGCAAUACGCAAAACAUAUUUUUCUCUGGAUCACAGACUAUUAAUCCACAAAUGUACUUUUUAUUUAACUAUAAAGGCUUAGUUUUUUCCAUUAUUUAAUGAAUCCGUCCAAAUGCCCACAUUUAGACAUUGCUUUUAUAAUACUCAGAAUGCAUGAAUGAAUGAAAGUACUAAUUAAAAUAAUAUAUAUUGGUUUGUGUGGUUCAUUUGUUUUUAUUAGCUUUAAUUAUUCCUUUUUAAUAGGUAAAACAUGGUUAGAUCACACAUACCACAUGUAAAGACAUAACAUUCUGUAAGUAGAAGUAUUCUACAUGUGAUAGGUAGGAGCUCAGGAGAAGUAAUGAUCAUAUCAAGUUCAAAAUCAGUUCUAAAGCAGCAACCUCUGCAUUAUGACUAUGUGGGGAAUUACCUGCAUAUUCUUUAACCACUAAACCCAACCACAAGAAGGUAGUUCAGGAAUAUGCCUAUGCUGAAAAUGUGUUGAACUUUAUUUGUAUUUCGAUUGAACUCUGUUUUUAACCUGUGUUUGUGUCACAUAGAUGAGCAGAAUGGCAGCAGACCAGAGGGGGUGAAUUUUGGCGGGGACACCCCAACGAGCCCCACACCUAUCCAGAGGACCAAACCCAUUACCGCCCCUCCACGGCUCCAUAGGGACCCUCCUCAGAGUAAGGCCCUCCUGCCCAAGCCAUCAACCCGCCAGGACAGACACUCAGACUCUGACGUUGCCAAACUGGUCGCUAAGCUACAGGGCGGAGGUCAGAGGCCAGAUACAGCAGCAACAGCCAAUGGAGAGACAGGAGUCACUGUAAACCGAGCGCAGUCCUUCCAAGGCAGGAGACCACCUCCUCGAAGUGUUGCAGUCAUCAGAGAAGGUAGCAGAACAACCUGUAGCCUACUAUAUCAUCUCACAACACAAACACACUAUGAAUUCUAUACUAUUUUAUAUGCAGCUUAACCACAUUGCAGCAGUACAGUACUUAGCUGGUCUGUGAUAUUGAUGCCAUAUUAUCAUGUGCAAUGAGAAGAGAAAUUGGAAAGUGGAUUUUCAUACAUUGUGUUAGCUCUUGGUUGUGUUAGAUUUUUUAAUUUGAAUCUACAUUUCAUGACAGUUUACCUAAGGUUUUCCUUCCUUACAUUGCAGCAGAAAGUGACGGCGUGAUCAAAACGAGGUCUCCGGCUGAGAAGCCUGCCAUCUGCAGACCUCCAACCAGACCCCCUGACCCGCCUAGCCGAUACCCUGCACCCCAUAAGAGCCCCACUGCAGCCCCCAGCGAGGACACCCCAGUGUCGUAG